CCCCACAGUAACACGCACCCACUAUUUUUUUGCAACAGUCACUCGUUUACCAAAUGCCCCAAAUCUAGGUAUGGACAUCGGAAUGGAGGGGUCCCCUUGGCUCCUUCGUCAUUGAAUCGGUUGCUUCAUUUCAUUCAUCAUCAACACACAUCUAAAGCUAAAGCAAGAAGAACCGUCUUCAAUUCAAUCUUUGAACCUUCGUCCAUCCCACUCCUUCAGUUAUUCAUUACUAUUGCCACAAAAUUAAUAAUAAUAAAAAAAAAUCUGUAUAGAAAGUUUGGUGAAAAGGAAGAAAAUGAAUGAAAGUUUAAUUUGUCAGUGCUUCUAUAAUAUAUUUAUUAGUAGUUAACUGUGCUUGCUUCUGUUACCAUUGUCUGUCUGUCAUAAUUAAAACAAGUAAAAAAAGGCUUUAAACCCACUCCUACCCUUUUCACUUUUCAUACUCUUUUUUCUCUAUAUUCUCUAGUUGUUCCUAACUUUCUUUAACCUUUUUGCUCCCAACUAUAUUUGUGGUUCUUGUGGCUUUGGUUUCAUAGUUGACACGCCAAAAAUGGAUGAAUGGAAGAGAAGCGGACAGAUACCGGCGUUUGGAAACUGGGAUUUGGAGAAUGAGUUGCCAAUCACUCAGUAUUUCGAGAAUGCCAGACAGGCCGGUCUGCUGCGUUAUAGUUCCUCCUCCUCCGGUGAUUUUAACAAACCCUCUCGAGUUCGUAAUCACAAAAAUAAUAAUAUAAACCAUUCCGCUCUCAAACACAAACAGGAGACGAGGAACAGGGAAAUGCGGUGCCCACAUGUUAUGGUUAACAAGGGAAAACCUGGGAAAGUGUACGACGUGAUGGAACAGCCAAUUAGAAAAAGCAAGCAGCUGCAAAAAUACGACGUCGUUCCACGACCUCCCAAACCUGUUGAUGAAGAUCUCUAUAAGAUCCCUCCUGAACUCCUCCACACAACCAAGCGGAAAAUGCUGGGUUUCAUUUCCAAGUGUCUUGUACCAGCUGAUUGUGUUUCAUGAGCCAUAUGCGAAGCUGGAAUUUCCAAUCCAAUCUCUAAUAACGCCAUCAUCCCAAGGAGUUUUUGAGAGGGAACAAGUGUUUUUUUUUUUGGUUAGUUAAGCUAAGCUGACUGUGAUGUGGCCAGCUAAAUUUGGCUUUUUGAUAUUGAGCAAGAAUGUAUAUCCUUUUAUUGGCCAUUUUACAAUUAUUCUGUUUGAAUGACUAUAUGUGGGUAUCGGGUUGUGGUGGACUAAAUGUCCGAAUGUUUUAUUUAAUAUUCAUAGUCAAGGUUACUGGUGGUGGUUGUG